AUGGCCGCCAUCGAGUCGCGCUGGUCGGCGCCUAUCCCCAACUGCUCGUUGCAGAUGUGGAUUUUCGGCACUGCGAGUCGCCCGAUCCCCGACCGCGUCGCCUUUGUCAAUGCUGCCAACCCUAGCGACUCCUUGACCCUCAGGGAUUACCGCAAUCUCUCCAAACGCGUCGCCUUGGGCCUUCUUGAAGAGGGACUCAAGCCCGGAGAUCGAGUCUUUAUCCUUUCUCCCAAUAAUGUUUACUUCCCUCCACUCUUCCUCGGUGUGCUUAUGGCCGGAGGCAUCGUGACCGGCGCUGGCCCGGGUGCCAGGAGCGGAGAGAUCAAGCAUCAGCUCAAGGACAGCGGGGCUAGCUUCAUCUUUGUCUGCCAGAACCCACCGUCCGUCUUCAAGAUCGUUUUCGAGGCAGCCAAGGAGGUUGGCGUGCCGACGAACCGCAUCUUCGCCUUCGGUGGCACUGGCGACCGCCCCAUCUCGGAGAUCGCUCGGUCGGAUCUCUCUCGCGACCAGAGUAAAACACCUACGUCAGUCCCGACGCGUCACUGGACUGAGCUCUUGACGGUCCCUCCAGAAGAUGCUGAGCUGUGGCACUGGCCAGAACCGGAGAACCCGAAAGAGACGACCUGCUGCCUCAACUACAGCAGCGGCACCACUGGCUUGCCAAAGGGCGUUGAAAUUAGCCAUUACUCAUACGUGGCCAACGGAGUCGGCGUUACUCACCUGAUUCGUCUGCGUCCCGACCACGAAGCACGUCUCAAGAAAGAUCGCGCAUUAGCUUUCCUGCCGUUCUAUCACGCCUACGGCCAAACAUACUUCAUCUCCAUCCUGCCCUUCCUCGGCAUUCCCGUCUAUGUAAUGUCAAGCUGGAGCCUGCCUAGCAUGUUGGAGUACAUCCAGAAGUUCCGCAUCACCAUCCUACCGGCCGUGCCUUACGUCCUGACCGAGAUGGUCAACAAGGUCGAUCUGGUCAAGAAGUACAACAUCUCAAGCCUGGACUCUGUUGGUUCCGGCGCUGCCCCCCUACCUAAGGGUACCCACGAGGCAACGGAGCAUCUCCUUCAGGCAAACGACCCCAACUUCCGUGUCCGUCAGGGCUGGGGCAUGACGGAGCUCACAUGCACGGCCAUGGCCUGGGACCCCAACAGCACCAUGGGCUACUCGACCGGUGUGGGUGAGGUCGCGCCCAACUGCAAGGCCAAGCUGAUGUCCCUCGAUGGCAAAACACCCAUCACUACCCCCGGUACACGUGGCGAGCUCUGGGUCAGCGGACCGACACUCAUGCGCGGUUACUGGCGUAACAAGCGCGCGACGGACGAUACUAUCGUCGUCGAUGCUGACGGUACCCGCUGGCUCAAAACGGGAGACAUCGCUGAGGUCGACCGCUUCGGGCCUGGAGCCAUUUUUUUCGUGGUUGACCGCAUCAAGGAACUCAUCAAGGUCCGUGGCAACCAGGUCGCCCCUGCUGAGCUGGAGGGUGUGCUUGUGCAGCACCCAGAUAUCGAUGAUGCUGGCGUUAUCGGUGUACCUAAGAAAAACGACGAGUGCCCGCGCGCGUACAUCGUUCCGAGGCCGGGGUCGGGGCUUACGGAGAAGGAGGUUCAUCGCUGGAUUCAGAGCAAGCUGAGCCCUCAUAAGUGGUUGACCGGGGGCGUGAGGUUUGUGGAUGAGAUUCCGAGGAAUAAGUCUGGCAAGAUUGUCCGCAACCUGUUGAGAGAAAAGGCUAAGGAGGAUAUGGAGAACGAUCCCAACGCUCCUCUCUCGUCUAAGCUGUGA